GUUAACUGAAGAAGCAGAGAGCAUCCCGCGUGCAUCAUGUCUCACUUUGCCGCUCUGAGGACCCGAGAGCUGCGCGAGCUGCUGGAGGAUGAAGACAGAAUAAGACACAUCAUCAGGGGCAGCGAUAAGGUUCAGGGGCUGCAGAGUGCUGCAGAGAAGAUGCUGCUUUCCAAUCAGAAAACAGCCAAAGUCGCUCUUUCUCAAAAACCUAAAUUUAGAGAUGCUAAGUUGCUACUUGCAAUAAAGUACAAAGAACUGGAACACCUUCAAAACAUCACCCAGGCCAAACAAGAACAACUUGCAGAACAAUCCAGUUUGCAUUGUGCUCAGUGGAGUCUCCUAAAAAAAGUAAACCAUGCAGAGGAGGAGUGUGAGAUGCUGUGUCAGAGGUUUGAAGAGGGGAAUACGUUGCUGGCAGAUUUCCUGAAUUCCUUUCUGGGCUCACGGAAAGCCCAACACAUCAGGAUGGUUCUGGUGAAGAAGCUGCAGGAAGUUAUUGAAUUGGAAUCAACACAAUGGCUCGGUGAGAUGCACCCUGGCACUCCCAACACCUGCCUCUGCAGUCUCACCACAGCUGUUGUCUUACCAGCCUGCUGCCACCCUCCAUUCCUGCUCCCCUUUGGCCUCCAUGUGAACACGGCUCACCGUCUACAACAUUUACCGCUUUGUCAUGAUUACAAUGUGUCUCUACGUCCUCGAGUGCACGGACGAGGCCCCAGAUGGCCCACAAGACCUGUCCGUCUUCCGCCUCUGAAGGUUCAGAAGAGGAGGCAUCAACAGGCACCACAAUGAAGUCUAAUCCUGACUCAGAUACAGGUUUUCACUUCAUUCAAGAUAGUGGGUAAAGUUGACUUUGCAUCAAGCCUUGGAUUUAAAACGACAUUCCAUAUUUCCCCGAAUAGGUUGUGUCUUCACUAAACGGUGGAGUAACUAAGUGAAUUCAGUAAAGUGCUUUACUUAAGUACGAUUUUAAAGGGGCUUUACUUGCGUUUUCCAAAUUUCUUCUGCCUCACAUUUAUUUUGUGAUUUAAAGAUUAUUAGUCAGAUUAAUAAUACAAAACAUGGUUAUAUUUAUAAUAUAUGAAUGUACCCUUAAAGGUAAUGAUACAUUAUAUUGAUCUCUCAAUACAAUUGACAAGCUACCUGGUAUACAAAGAGCUUAUCCUUUACCAGCUUAAUAUUAAUUUUAUACAUUUAUUUAUUCAAACUUUUGAAUGCAAUAAUUGUAUUUGUAAGGGAGUAUUAUACACUGUGUUACUUACUAAACUAUACUCACUUUACCUAAGAUCAAUUCAUCUAUGGCUGUCUUUAAGUAU